GCAAACACUUACACUCCUGUCCCCAUUAAGAUCUUAAAUACAGAAGACUGAUGAUCCUUGGGGUCUAAUUUACAUGUUUCAUAAUGAAUAAGGCCAUAUUCUGACUAUCUCAUGUGAAGUACUCCCAUGAAAUAUUGAUGUGAUUGUUGGAUGAUUUCAUCACCUCUGGUAGAGAAUAACAUGAAAGAUUACAGCAGAACACCAUUUUUCCUGUCUUUAAUACAAUGCCAUUUUCUUAAAUUACAGUCACUUAACUUUUACAACCGUCACCAUUUGUGUCCUAUUUUCCUGCCUGUCUAAAUGGAUUUUGACGGCAAAAUUUCUUUUCAAACAGCCGCUAUUCCUGAUUGUACGUUUCAAAUCUUUUCUCCGUCCGAUUGAUUUUUUGUUUCUCUCGUUGUUCUGAGUUGCAGAGAAAAUGUGCGAUCACAAAAACUCCUUUGCAAACUGAUGCAACAUUGUCAGAGCAAACUGCUUCAGCUUCCAAAUGUCACCUGAAAGCUUUAGAAAAGACGAGUGACCCAAGGAAUGAGUCGUCCACCUGCAGCCAGCACUUGAGACGGACGUUCGGACAACGAACACCAUCAUCACCCUGCAGUGUUACCACUGCAAACACUGAACAGAAGACUUGUACACCUAGUAGAUUCACAUUUCCAUUUCUCAUAUUUCUCUCAAACCAAAACCUCUUAAUGUUAUGCUGAGUGGUGAAACCAAACCAUCCGCUCUACAGGUACAGUUACUCACACAUCUCCAGUCCAAAUGAUUCAUCCCUCAUCUCCAUAACAAAGUCUUCCUCACCUUGUCUGAAUCACCUCCUGAGAGGAUUAUGAGGCCAGCUUUAGCUCUCCUACAAUCACAUUGUCUCUUGUACGUGUUUAGCGGGAUGUGUGUGCCCAUUGUUGUGGGCUCCCUGCCACCUGCACUGCCAUGGUAUGUUCCCUGCCCAGUGAGGUGUGUGUGUCAGAUCAAGCCGUGGUUCUCCCCGGAUUCUGUCUAUCAUGAAGCACCCACAGUGGACUGUAACAAUCUGUUGCUGACGAAGCUCCCCUUGCCCAUACCGCUAAACACACACACUCUUCGCCUGCAGAGUAACUUGUUGUCAGUGCUGGACACUGCAGUGCUACAUGGGCUCCCCAACCUCACCGACUUGGACCUUUCACAGAACCGCUUCAGUCGUGUCAGGAUGAUAACUCAGAGUUCCUCCCUGCCUUCUCUGCUGUCCAUACAUCUUGAGGAAAACCAUCUCAGUCACCUUCCAGAAGCCUCUUUCUCAUCUUUGCCAGCUUUACAAGAACUCUUUCUCAGCCACAACAACCUCCAUUCAAUUGCACCCGGAGCCUUCAAUGGCCUUGACUCCCUUUGUCGUCUUCACAUCAAUAACAACAGACUCACAACAAUUGACCCUCGGUGGUUCAGAGCUUUGCCUCAGCUGGAAGUUCUCAUGCUUGGGGGCAACCCUGUGGAGGCUCUUCCUGAGAGGGGAUUUGAGGCCCUAACAUCCCUACAAAGCCUUGUACUUGGUGGUAUGGGUCUGAGAAGUUUGGCUGAAAAAGCACUUGAAGGUCUUGAAGAACUCGAAAGUCUUUCCUUCUACGACAACCAUCUCACCAAGGUUCCUCGGCAAGCCCUGAAAAGAGUGCCAGGACUCAAGUUCCUUGAUCUCAACAAGAAUCGCAUCAAACUGAUCGAGACCGGAGAUUUUAAAGACAUGUUGAACCUUAAAGAGCUCGGCCUGAACAACAUGGAGGAGCUUGUGUCUAUAGAUAAAGCCUCUCUGGACAACCUGCCAGAACUCACCAAGCUUGAGAUCACCAACAACCCACGUUUAUCCUAUGUUCAUCCUCAGGCUUUUGUCAGGCUGAGCAGACUGGAGAGUCUGAUGCUAAACUCAAAUUCUCUAAGUGUUCUGCACCAGAACAUCCUGCUCUCCCUGCCAAGCCUGCAGGAGGUCAGCCUUCACUCCAACCCACUGCGAUGUGACUGCCUGUUCCACUGGGCCGCCAGGGACACCUCUCAUCCUCGCAUCAAAACGGACACACAAAUGAAGGCCCAAGUAGCCCGGGUGGUGCGCUUCAUCCAACCUGAGGCGACCUUAUGCUCUGCACCUCCUGAAUUGAGAGGACGUAGAGUAAGAGAGGUCUCUUCAGGAGAGAUGUCUGCAUCCUGCCUCCCCACUAUUCCCGCCAGUUCCCUUCCAUCCUAUGUCGGAGUUCAAGAAGGAGGGAAACUGGUCUUGCACUGCCGAGCACUUGCAGAGCCAUAUCCUGAACUGUACUGGGUGACUCCCUCUGGCCUGAGACUUGGGCCUUCAGCAAACAGUACGGCAAAAGGUUUCCCAGCUUCUGCCCUCUGUGGAAACACAACUUCAGAUAGCUUUAAAAACACAUCUGCCCUCAGUUUCCAGCAACCACAAGGCCACAAUGACACUGUUUGCCAGUUCUUCAAACACUACCAGCUACAGCCUGAGGGAACUCUAGAGAUCAGCAGGAUCUCCCCCAGAGAGGCAGGACUGUAUACCUGUGUGGCUGAGAAUGCAUUAGGAGCAGAUACACGCAGUGUUACAGUGGGAGUGCACAACAGGGGGAAAAAUAGAAAGAGGGGGCUGAUGACUAAACCGAAGAAAUUUCAAGCCAUGAGAGUCGAAGCCAGGUUGGAGUUGAACGAGGUUGGAGAACAUUAUGCUAUUUUGUCCUGGCAGAGCAGACAAAACCUGCCCUCCACUCGCUUAUCCUGGCAGGCCAUGCAGUCCAGCUCCCACACACCUACGUACACCACACGCAUACUUGCUGGCACACAGAGCUUCAACCUAACUCACCUGCAGGCAGAGACAUUUUACAGAGUGUGUCUACAUCUAGGAAUCAGUGAGAAUGGCAAGAGAGACAACCUUGGGUCGGAGGAGAGCAAAAAACCUCGUUGUGUGUCGUUCAGGACCAAGAAUGUGCCAGAGCCUCCGCCUGGUCUGCAGCUCAACCCAGAGCUGACCUCUCUAGCGGUCACACUACUGCUUCUUGCUUAUAUCCUGCUGCUAGCAGUGCAGGGCUGGGAUGCUGAACCUGGUGAGGAAGCAAGGAAGCAUCACAAUGCCCUCUGUGUGGAUAUCAAGGGUCCCAAGACUGUUAUUAUCGCUCAGAAGACAAAAGAGAGCAAUGAAGAUCCAACAGAUCUGAAAGAGAAGCUGGCAUCGUUUUAUAUCAUUUGAGAUAAUUACACCCAUUCCAGUGCAGGCAAGAUAAACUGGCACACAUUCAUAACAUGGGACAUGAAAUAUACACUAGCACUCACACAAAUGAAGGAUUUAGAGAUUAUGGUGCAACGAGAGAUUUGUAUUUAUUUUAUAUAAGCAUAAAGUAUAUAUUGACUUUGUUUCUGUGUUGAGAUGUGUUGUAAAGAUUGCUUAUCUCCCCUUGCCGAGGAAAUAAAACUGGACAAUCAUACUCCUGCCUAACACAGGGGAAACAACAGAGCCUGAGCCUCCUAUGAAAACUGGACUGAAACUAAAGAGAGCUUCAUACAUUUCAGGAAUGGAUAUUUACAGAAGAGAGCAGCUCAGACCUCCGGGGUUUUGUCCUGUUUAUAGUCAACAUGUUUCCACGGACUCAAGCAUACUCUUUCCAAGCUGAUAAAAUUCUGCAUUACGACAGACGCUGAAGGACUUUCUGCUGGUUUGGACAGUUUAAGUCAAAGUGAUUGAUGUACACGGCGCUUUAGCUUUGCUCUUGGACUGACGCGUCCAUCUUGCAGUAUCCCUGAUAAAACAUCCCUCUCUGUUUUAAAAUAAAAGUGAUUUAAAAGUGAGUACUUUGAGCUUUAAAUUACAUUUUUUGCAUCUACUUAUAUUUUGUGUUUUUCUUUUAAUCAAAAACUGACAUAUGAAAAAUCCUCAUUUGACAGGACAUGACAUUUAGAAAAAGUCAUUUAAAAAUAGUGAUGCAUCAUUUCAGAAAAGCUUAGGUUGUCCACUAAACCAAUACGAAUACUAAUGGUGUUAGACAUCUGACGCCUUCUUAGUAACACAAAACGCAGAAUGUCCCCUGCUGGAGGAGGAAUGUAACUGAGAGGCCAGAUUAAAGGGCUGAAAGAUGUAAUUGUCCCAAGCUCAAGUAGCUGCUGAAUUUCCCUUCUAUCAGAACUGGAUUUUGGGACCUCAAUUGUGCGAGUCAGUAGUUUGUAGAAGAGAGACAACCUUUCCUUCAAUUACAGCUGCAUCGUUCGAGUACGUUUGCCAACUUUUACCCAUGCUUUCCAAAAAUGCUAAUUAAAAGCCAGGUUGGUUGGAGAAUGUAUAAAAACAUACAUUUUCAAGUCUUUCCUCCGGUUCUCAAGUGGUUGUAGGUCUUGAUUUGACUAGGUCAUUCCAACACCUGAAUGUGAUUUGAUCUAAAGUAACACUUUCUUUGUCUUUCUGGGUUCAUCUUUAGAGGAAAGAUUGAAAUAUUGUUUUUAAUGCAACACUGCUUUAAAAUUUAAAAAGAAAACGCUUCUGCUGUGUACAAAUGUUAUCUGACAAAUCUCUGAGGCUUUCACAGAACAACUGAAAUGAGAAUAAAAACAUCCCCCAGCAUGAUGCUGACUU